AUGGCGUGCAGAUGUAGAUGAAUGUGUGACAAACAUGGACAACUGUAAUGACGAACUGGCUACCUGCUCUAACACUAUUGGAAGCUUUGAGUGUGUGUGUCUAGCUGGAUAUGAAAUGGAUGAAGGCAAUUGUGUAGAUAUUGAUGAAUGUACAGAUGGUCCUAAUGACUGUGAUGUGAACUUUGAAUGCAUCAACACUCCUGGAAGCUUUACGUGUGAAUGUCCAACUGGAUAUGAAAUUAAUGAAGGAAACUGU